CGCGGGAGCAUCCUCAGCGCGAGCUUCUCUUGGCCAUCGGCUGAGGGAGCCUCAGUUGGUGGUGAGGACAGGUAGCUUUCUAGAAGAUGACCAUAGAAGAUUUUCCUGACCUUUCUACAGAAGGAAAUUCAUUGACAAGAAGAUACCAGCAUUUCAUUCCAGGCUCUGAACGUUGUGUUACCUACUCAGUUUCUGCUGCACCAAUGCCUUCCGAAUGUGAGUUCUCCUUUUUUGACCCUAAUGAUGCAGCAUGCCAAGAAAUCCUUUUCAACCCCAAAACAUCUGUGUCUGAACUAUUUGCAAUCUUAAGACAGUGGGUCCCUCAAGUUCAACAGAACAUCGAUAUCAUUGGGAAUGAGAUUAUUAAGAGAGGCUGCAAUGUGAAUGACAGAGAUGGAUUGACUGACAUGACUCUUCUGCAUUACACAUGCAAGUCAGGGGCUCAUGGUAUUGGUGAUGUGACGACUGCUGCCAAAUUUGCCUCACGGCUUAUCGACUUGGGUGCAGAUACCAGUUUGAGGAGCCGUUGGACAAAUAUGAAUGCUUUACACUAUGCUGCUUAUUUUGAUGUUCCAGAACUUAUUAGUGUUAUUUUGAAAAAUGCAAAGUCCAAAGAUGUGGAUGCUACCUGCAGUGACUUUGAUUUUGGAACAGCUUUGCAUAUUGCUGCCUUCAACUGUUGCACAGGAGCUGUAAAGUGUUUAUUGGAACAUGGAGCCAACCCUGCCUUUAGGAAUGACAAAGGACAAACGCCAGCAGAUGUGGUUCCUGAUCCAAUUGACACACUGGAGAUGGCAGAUGCAGCAGCAAGUGCUAAAGAGAUCAAACAGAUGCUCCUGGAUGCAGUGCCUCUAUCAUGUGACAUUUCCAAGGCUAUGCUUCCAAAUUAUGAUAAUGUCACUGGUAAAACCAUGCUUGGAUCACUUGGUCUAAAGCUGGGAGAUCGAGUUGUUAUUGCUGGACAGAAGGUUGGUACAUUAAAAUUUUGUGGUGCAACAGAGUUUGCCACUGGGCAGUGGGCUGGCGUAGAACUGGAUGAACCUGAAGGAAAAAAUAAUGGAAGUGUUGGAAAGGUGCAGUACUUCAAAUGUGCUCCAAAACAUGGUAUCUUUGCGCCUCUCUCUAAAAUAAGUAAAGCUUCAGAAUGCAAAAAGAAUGCGAGAAUAUCUUCCUCACGACCUUUGCCUGUAAUAAAGUCAAAGAAAAUUGAUGUAAAACAUAUUACAUCCAAAGUGAAUUCUGGCUUAUCCACAGUGAAAAGGGAGACUGCUACGGAAUCCAUGUUUUUGGGCAGUGAAGAUGGAGUGAAAAGUCCAACUGGUAAAGAAGCAGCUUCUCUUGGAUCCAGCAGCUCUUCAUCUUCUACUACCUCUUUGGACGGCAAGGAAAAUUGUCCCAAGAAAUGCAAUUCCACAAGUAAUAAUAAGAAGGAAGACUCUAAAUCCCAUUCAGUUGCAUCCAAAGUCAGCACUAGAGAAAAUAGUACUUUUCCAUCUGCAAGAAGGAAUCUUUUUGAUGAGGGAGAAAUUCAGAUUGGAGACAGAGUACUGGUAGUAGGGCAGAGGACUGGAAUAGUUAGAUUCUACGGGACUACAAAGUUUGCACCAGGGUUUUGGUGUGGAAUAGAGCUGGACAAACCCCAUGGCAAGAACAACGGUUCAGUUGCAGGUGUGCAGUACUUCAGCUGCCUGCCCAGAUACGGGGUUUUUGCGCCACCAUCCAGAGUGCAGAAGUUAACAGGAUCACUAGAUUCUCUGACAAAUGUUUCAUCAAGUAAAAUGAAUACUUCUUUCCCUGGUUUCCGACGAAGUUUCAGUACAACUUCCGCAUCUUCCCAAAAAGAGAUAAAUAGGAGAAAUUCCUUUGUCAAGCCAAAAACCUCUGCCUUGCGGCGCAGCUGGAGCAAUAGCACCACCGUGAGCCCUGAGGCUCCUGUAAAGCUUCACGAGGGUUCCCAGGUCCUCCUCACCAGCUCCAGUGAGAUGGGCAUAAUUCGCUACAUUGGUCCUGCUGACUUUGCUCCAGGGGUGUGGCUUGGUCUGGAACUGCGGAGCGCCAAGGGCAAGAACGAUGGGUCGGUGGGGGACAAGCGGUACUUCACUUGCAAGCCAAAUUAUGGAGUCUUGGUGCGGCCCAGCAGAGUAACCUAUCGGGGGAUUAAUGGGGCAAAACUUGUGGAUGACAUUUGCUGAAGCAUAAUGCUCAGGCCUUGAGAGGAGAGUCUGAAAUAAAGCACACAAAGGAAUCUGGCCAUCAGCUGCUUGGCAUACUGUUUCAUCUACAGCCCUAAAACUGCACAUUUAUAAUGCCUACAAAGCUCUAGCCAGAUCGCAGGUGCAUUAUGGCUCUGAGGAAUGAAAUGGUAAUAGCUUCCCCUGCAGAACAGUCCUUGCCUGAGACUUCUUUGUAGAAAAGACAUCUUUGGUGUGAGAUACCAUAUUAUUGGAAUAAUAGACUGUUUCUCUCUGGUUCCAUUUGGACUUGCUUUACCUCUUUAUAAACGGUCUUUUAAUCCCAUGUUCUAAUGAAGUUGUAAUGCUUUACUUUCUGCAGCUCAAGUGCUUAUUAGACAAAGCAGUAAUGUCUGCUGGCCUGCAAAACCAUCUUGGCCUUCUCUAGGAAAAAGAAUGAAUAGCAAUAAAGAGAGAGAAAACUUGACUGUAUUUAAGACAAAAAAGUGAAAACCUGGUAGUUUAUUAUUCAAACAGCUUCCCUAAAGCACAAAGUAACCAAUUGAAAAGAGUCUAAGGAGAAGAAUGUGUUUCUUCACUGCUACAUAUGUGAGCAGACUGAAUAAAAGAGGGGAAAAGCUAAUAAAGGAGCACAAAUAGUUUCAGAUUUGUAGAAAAAGCACUUUUUUACACUGUGUUAAAAAAAAAAAGGAAGCACGCCAGAAGCACUUUUGAAAAUAUGCUUGGAACAAGUAUUACGCACUUUUAUUUUCUCCUCUCUAGAGCAGUUCUCCCCUGAUGUUUUGUAGAAAAAAAUCUUUUGUUUGCCAAGGCUGCAAACUGUAACAUACAUAUGCAUAAAACUUUAGUAAAACUCUCCAACCCACAAUUAGUGAGUCACUUUAAGGCUGGUUACAUGCAUGUGUACAUACAGAUACCCCUCAGGAAACAUCCUCCUAGUAUGGGGGCAGGAACAUUUCUUGGGCUAGAGCAUCAACAGCUGUGGCCAACAUUCUGAUCUUGAGUAAGCACGCCAGGGUUAGGCCAUAGGGCAGUUGCUCACCUGACCCAUGGGCCCCCAGUAGUCAACUAAAUAGCAAAGCAAGGUGGACCCAAUUUGGUGCUUUCACGCCCAAUACCAGUAAAUCUUCUGAGUUCUGUACAGUGCAAUAAGCUUUCUCUAUUACUGUAGGCCAAUUUUUAGAAAAGCUAGUCACAGUGUUGCAUCUAAUCUUUCAUGUGUCUUAGAAAUCCUUGCUGUUUUUAUUCUAGGUAACUAUAUCAAAAAGCACCUUGUGUUAAAUUUGAAUUGUCUUUAAGAAGCAGCAUUUGAGGACAUGAUGAUAACUUUGCUGUGCUGUAACAUGCUUUUCAUAAAUAACUGAUUUUAUACAUUAAUUUUGAGGCCUAUUAAAACAUCAUACGUUUUAUUUGCUCAGCAUAUUUUAACUGCUAUCUUUUAUUAAUUUCAAAGCUGCAGAAGCAACAAAAGGACUGCCUCACUGGAAAAAGGAGGCUAGUCAAAUUGUACUUGAAAGUUAAGUGAUAUUAGUCUUCUAUUUUUAGACUGAAUUCUAGCUGCUUAUAAAAGUGUGUUAUAUUUUAAAUAUUGCUAGAACUAUUUUCCUGAUCUGCCCUUAACAGCGAAAAAGCUGCAAUAUUGCUUUCUAAUUAAUGAAAAAAAUAACUAAAGGUAAUGCCUGUAACUUGCAAUUUUAUGCUUAUUUUAAUAUAAUCUGAAAAUCAGUGAUGUGUAGUUGAGGUUGCAGAUGUGUUUUGAUGCACUGAACCUUACCCUGUCCAGCAUCUGUUUCCUUGGUGUUUAGAUUUCUUUUGCGAUGAACCUGCUGUUGAGAGUUUGACUGUAAUGAAACCCAUUGUUUUUGAAUUACUGUAGAUGAUUUUGAAGUAUUGCAAAUGAAGUGUCCUUUUUUUGUAUUACUUCAAUAGAUGAUGUGCAGAGAGCAGUAGCUGUAAUAAAGCAGGUGUUUUAAAUA